UCUCUCGUACACAGACGAUCGGGGCGUGAAAAUGUCGAAGAAGAACAAGGCAUCGUCUAUGUCUCUCGACCAAUUUGUCUCCACCAUGGCUCCGCUUAUUGACAUGGAGAAGGAGGCUGAGAUAUCGGCGUCGUUAAGCACGGGGGCCUCAAGGAAUCUGGGUACUGCUCAGAAGAAGGGCACUACGAUGCUUAAUUUGAAAUGUGUUGAUGCUCAGACCGGGCUGAUGGGGAAAACUCUCUUGGAGUUUCAGUCCAACAAAGGAGAUGUUCUUCCUGCUCACAAGUUUAGCAACCAUGAUGUGGUCGUUUUAAAACUUAACAAAGCCGAUCUUGGCUCCCCUGCUCUGGCACAAGGAGUAGUUUAUCGGUUAAAGGACUCGUCAAUAACCGUUGCUUUUGAUGACAUCCCAGAAGAGGGACUGUCUAGCCCCCUACGUUUGGAAAAAGUUGCAAAUGAGGUGACAUAUCGUAGAAUGAAGGAUACCUUGAUACAGCUAAGCAAAGGUGUGCAAAAGGGACCCGCUUCUGAUUUGGUCCCUAUCUUAUUUGGUGAAAGACCUCCGACCAUGUCCAAGAAGGAUGUUAAAUUCAGUCUGUUUAACAAGAACCUUGACCAUUCCCAGAAAGAUGCGAUUUCAAAGGCCUUGUCAUCAAAGGAUGUAUUCUUACUUCAUGGUCCUCCUGGAACUGGAAAGACCACAACAGUUGUGGAAAUUAUCUUGCAAGAAGUCAAACGUGGUUCAAAGAUUCUUGCUUGUGCUGCUUCAAAUAUUGCAGUGGACAACCUUGUUGAGCGACUUGUUCCCCACAGAGUAAAGCUGGUGAGGGUAGGACAUCCUGCACGGCUAUUACCUCAAGUACUGGAUAGUGCUUUGGACGCACAGGUUCUACGUGGAGAUAAUAGUGCUCUAGCAAAUGAUAUCCGGAAGGAAAUGAAGGCGCUAAACGGGAAGUUAUUGAAAGAAAAACACAAAGGUAUGAGGAGAGACAUCCAAAGGGAGCUUCGGGCUCUCGCAAAAGAGGAACGUAAAAGACAGCAGUUAGCUGUAUCAGAUGUAAUUAAAAAUGCCGAUGUCGUGCUUACAACUUUGACUGGUGCGGUUUCACAUAAGCUCAAUAAUACCGAUUUUGAUCUGGUGAUAAUUGACGAAGCGGCUCAAGCACUUGAGGUAGCUUGCUGGAUAGCUCUGCUAAAGGGUUCAAGAUGUAUACUUGCAGGAGAUCAUCUCCAACUCCCUCCAACGAUCCAAAGUGUUGAAGCCGAGAGGAGAGGGUUGGGAAGAACGCUCUUUGAGCGGCUUGCAGAUCUCUGUGGAGACGAGGUCAAGGCCAUGCUUACUGUCCAGUACCGUAUGCAUGAGCUUAUUAUGAACUGGUCAUCCGAAGAGCUUUAUGAUAAUAAGAUAACAGCCCAUUCAAGUGUUGCUUCACACACGCUUUUCGAUCUGGAAAAUGUGGUGAAAUCUCCUUCGACCGAGGCAACACUCCUACUCGUAGACAUUGCCGGGUGUGACAUGGAAGAGAAGAAAGACGAGGAAGAUAGCACUUAUAAUGAAGGUGAAGCAGAGGUAGCAAUGGCACAUGCAAUGCGGCUCGUCCAGAGCGGAGUUAAACCCUCAGAUAUCGGAGUCAUUACUCCUUACGCCGCUCAGGUUAUGUUGCUUAAGAUGCUAAGAAGCAAAGAGGCAAAGCUAAAGGACGUGGAAAUCUCAACGGUUGAUGGGUUCCAAGGCAGAGAAAAAGAGGCAAUUAUCAUCUCGAUGGUCCGAUCCAACGCGAAAAAAGAGGUGGGAUUUCUGAGCGACCGUAGGAGGAUGAACGUGGCAGUGACUCGGGCGAGAAGACAGUGCUGUCUGGUCUGCGACACUGAGACAGUUAGCGGCGACGCGUUCCUAAAACGUCUGGUCGAGUACUUUGAGGAGCACGGCGAGUAUCUGAGCGGAUCGGAAUACGUCGUCAACCAGUAAGUAAAUCUCUGCUCUUUAAGUUUCGGAACAAUCGAUGGAAUGAAUACGCAUCCUGAAGAUAUCACCGGUUUGUGUGUCCUGAACUCCACAUUUCACUCUGCUUGCUCGUUUGGUGUGUCCGAAUUUUAAAAUCUCAAACCUGAAUCAUUUGGAUUCGCAAUCGAAUAUUCAAAAUUUUUGGGUACACGAACGUUGCACCUGUACUCAGUUUUUU